AUGCAUAUGCCAAACGAGUUCUGGAAUGCUGCUGUGGAGGCAAUCUAUGUCGAUCGAGAGGACUAUCCGUGUCCAGACAAGAUGCUGGAAGAUGUUGUGGCGAACUUUCGAGAGGGUGGCAUCUGCAAACACUUCUCCGAUUUGUUUGAUCAUGGACAAGGAAAGCUCUUGAUCGAGGGGGGGGCUCUAGAUGGUCAGUGUUAUGCAGUUGGCACGAUUCGUCGGGUCGUUUUGAAUGCAUUCGCCCUGGCUGCUGCUGGCCGGGUCAUUGACUGCGAGGAUCGGGAGCUGGAUCCUCAUCAUUUGCUAUGGGCCAUGGUCUCUUUGGAGUGGACCUGGACUUUUGAAUCCCAGCUGUGCGGGUCCUCGACUCAGGCUUUUCAGAUAUGGCCGGUCAAACUGCUCAAGUGCAUGGAGGUGGCUGAUGCCGCCGAUGCUGCAGCUGGACACCUUCGUGUCCGAAGACAGCGGGGGCAAGUUUGGCCGGAGUUGGGCAUGCUAGCUAAAGCCUUUGAGGCACUAGCCCUCAAUGUUCCGGUAGUGAAACUAUCCUUGCAAAUUUGGGGUGCAGUGAUGACUUCUCCAAAGAGCAUGGCCAUUGAUUGGCUGAAGAAGGUUUCCGAGCUGCACAAGCUGCUGAAUGCUGGAACGGCGAAGACUGUGCCCGUCUACGUGGACAGCUGGGGCAUCAAAAGGCUGGCUACUUUGGCUAUGAGGCGAUGGAAAGCGCCGAUCGGAGCGCUGCGAGAUCGGUCCCUUCAUGUCCUGUUCGAUGUAAUGACAGAAGCUUGGGGCCAGGAAGCUGAGGAGGCCGAGGUCGAUGAUGAUAGCCCAGUGGCUGCUGCAGAUGAUUAUCCAGCUGCCGAAGGAGGUGCCGCAAUUCCUCAUGCCUCGGCUGCUGCAAUAGCUGAGGACGCUUUGGAUGAAGAGAUGCGAGCUACGCAAAUGCAGCUGGAAAUCUUGGAGAAUUAUUUGGCAGAUCGGAAACGAGCAGCCGGAAUCUUGGAAGCAAUGUUAUUGCUCACUGCACGUGGCUGCACAGGCCAUGGUGUGGAUCCUUCCACAACGGAUACUGUUCCUUACAACAUCAUGCUGGGAGACCCUUCAUCGGUAUUGGAUGCUUGCAUCGAUAUCAGUGAUGAUGAAGAUCUGGAUGGUGAACCUUUGGGUCUCGAGGAUGAUGGUGGAGAAAAACCAGAUCCGGAGCCUCGCCGCGAGCUGGAUGGAAACGGUUGCAAUCCGGAGGGGGAAGUGGCCGACAAGGAGCAGGAGAUGCCUGAGGAAAAUGGUGAGUUCGAUGUGAUGAACUUCAAAGCCGAGGGAACCCCGACAAGUCGAUUCCGGAGUCUGAAGAGGCUAAGGCUAAGCCAGGACGUGGUCGUGGCGGUCGUGGCAGAGGCUACCCGGGCUGAGCAUGUGGCUUCACCAAAGAAGGCUACCCCGAGCAAGAAGCCCAAAGCAUCCCCAAAGGCCAAGGCAAAUGGAAAGAAGACAUCCCCGAGCAAGAAGAAACCCGAAGCAUCCCCGAAAGCCAAGAAUGUCAAGAAUGACCCCAAGAAGGUAUCAGCAGGUACACCCGAACCAGGACCAGGAGCCACAAGUGCUGCAGACAAGAGUGCUUCCAAGAAGCGCAAACGACACAGCGAGGAGGAUAAGUCCUUCGCACGCCGCGCCAAGCCCUCCACCGAGCACGCCUUGAAUCAGUGGACAGCCAUCCGAGACGUCUUCAAGUCCGAUCUGUCGCUGAAGUACAAUAGCACACACCAGGAUGACUUCUGGAUGCUGGCAAAGCCACGGAUGCCGAAGAAUGCGCCCCUGUCGCAGUGCAUCAAGGCUUUUGUCGCCAUCGUUCUCCUGUCAUAUUGGCUGGACCCGAAACCGCCGUUCUGCAACGAGACAUUUGAUGUCAUAGAGCUUUAUGCGGGCCGUGCAAGGUUGGCGGUCCUGAUGAUCCUCAGCGGCUCCUUUGAGGGUGCCAUUGCGGUCCUCGGGAUCGAGUGCAGCACUUUUGUGCAGAUGAACCGCCAAUAUGGCCACAUCAAGGAGAAUGCUCUGCAUAAUGAAUUGUCCUGGACGUGUCUGCUAUUGGUUCUCUUGGCCACUUUGGGCCACCAUUUCUUCGUCGAGAAUCCGGGCAGCACGUUGCUGGGAUACUUUCCCAGGAUCUACCCGCCCCUCUUCGCCCGAAAGAUGGUGGAAAUGAUCGAUCCCUGCCGACUGAAGUCACGACCAUCUGUGAAGAAGGCGGCCGAUGCGAUCUCUGAGAAGCCCCUCCACGAGAUAUUUGCCGAUGCAUCCUGGGACGAAACAGACUGGGAUGGGCCGGACGAAGCAAAGGCAGAGUCUGAGCGACAGGCAAAGGAAAAGGCUGAGGAACUUCGACAGGCAAAGGAAAAGGCUGAGUCCGAGCGACUGGCACAGGAAAAGGCGGAGGAACUUCGGCAGGCAAAGGAAAAGGCUGAGUCCGACCGACUGGCUAAGGAAAAGGCAGAGGAACUUCGGCAGGCCCAAGAAAAGGCUGAGCGCGAGCGACUGGCACAGGAAAAGGCAGAGGAACUUCGGCAGGCAAAGGAAAAGGCUGAGUGCGAGCGACUGGCAAAGGAAAAGGCAGAGGAACUUCGGCAGGCAAAGGAAAGGGCUGAGUGCGAGCGACUGGCAAAGGAAAAGGAGGAACUUCGGCAGGCAAAGGAAAGGGCUGAGCUUGAGGGACAGGCAAAGAAAAAGGCACAGGACGAACUUCGACAGGCAAUGGGGAAGGCCGAGUCAGAGCGACUCGACCAGGAAACGGCUGAGUACGAGCGACUGGCGAAAGAAAAGGCAGAGGAACUUCGGCAGGCAAAGGAAAAGCGAGUCGCACAGGAAAAGGCGGAGGAACUUCGACAGGCAAAGGAAAAGGAGGCACAGGAAAAGGCUCAGUCACAACGCCUGUUUGAGGAAGGCAUCCCACAGGAUCGUGAAUCAAUUCUUGCUCAGAUAGCAGAACACAAGGCCAAAAAGGAAGACUUGGAGAAGAUGAAGGCAAAACUGGCCAGGCUUCAGCAAGAGCUGACUGCUGAGCUGGAGGUGACAGACGCUUUGAUGCAGACACAGCAGGUACCGUUGAUGCCAGGUAUGAUGAAGACAGAAGCCGCGACCCCCGAGACCCAGCCCAUGACGCCGGCAGAAAAGGCACUUCUGCGAGGUUCGAGCGAGGAUGCCCAGGAUGCCUGGGUUUGUCGGGGCCUCUUUCAGUCCCCCACGCCGCCCCCGGCCCAGGAAACUCCGGUGGCCAAGUGUAUCCGUGACCAGUUCAAUGCUGGUGGCAAGUCCAAAGACAAAGUGCUACAGCUCUUUGCUCAAUGCGACCACGAUCCGGUUGAUUUCGAAUUCCUUACCAAAAAGGAAAUGCUUGAAGAUCAGCACAUGACAACGGAAGAGAUUGAGCAGUGUGUUGCAGCAGCCGAGAAAGAGCCCAAGCGCAAAAUUCGGAAAAGAGAUCGUCUGACUAUGACCGAGCAUAUGGAGACUGAAGCCUUCGGGGGUGGCCUGGAUAUGGAAGUGGAUUUGGAGGAGAGCUUGAACCAGAGCGCAAGAUACCCAGAAAUCCACGACAACGCGAAGCCGUCUGCAUUGAUGGAAAAGGCUAUCCAAGCCUGCACUAAACGCAUAAAGAAACUAUGGGAGAUGCUUCCUACACGGGAGACUGAGACUGAGCAGAAGGAGGCUGCCCCUGAGCCUCCGCAGAUGUUUCAGAAGAUCCGUGUCCUCUACGGGCAAGUGGAUGCAUGCUGUGAAGCACUUCAGAAGUUCAAGGCUGAGGGUGUCCUGGAGGGCUUCACUGAGAAGAUGGAAAGCAGCAUCGAUGUGGAGCUGGGCAGAUGCCGAAGGCUGAUUGAAUCUGCCGAAUUGGAAACCCGGGCCAGGACUAUCAUCCCGAACGUGAAAGCGAAGAUUGAGAUUUAUCCCAAAGCAGCCCCGAAGGCUAAUCCGAAGGCUCCAGCUUGUGUGAUCGGCGAGAUUGCUGAAGCUGUAGUUGCCGACGGUAGUGCGACUCGGAACAUACGGGAGGCCACAAAGGUUGACAAGAAUCAUAGUGAACGCAAUGCACACAGACUGUUCAACAGAUAUGGCUUGGCCCUCCGGGUUCCCAUCUCCUUUCUCGAGGUGCAGCAAAGUAGCAGCCAAGAUUCCAUCAUGCUGCCAUAUCUGAAGAUCACAGACUUCCUGAAGCAUUUGCUUAACAAGUUUGAAGAAGCCCUGUUUGCAGGGCAGAAAGCUGAUUCUGAUGCUGCCCGGGACCUUUGUAGGACGUUUUGGGGUCGGUAUGAAAGCUACCACCGCAACCAUGUGGCUUUCAAGGAUUUGGAUGAUGAAGAUAGAUGUCACACUGUUCCUAUAGCGGUACAUGGUGACAAGGGUAGAAGUUUGCAGAAAUCCCCGAUCUUUGUCUUCAGCUUCGAAUGUGUUUGGGGGCUGCCACCAGACAGGCUUCAAAAGGUUGCUUACGAUACUCGUCGUGUAUCACGUCAUGACACGCACCAAGGGCAUCUGAAGUGGUCUUGUGGCCGCCGUGCAUUUGGGAAGCGGUGCUUCAAUCAAAUGUCUUUUGAUAGCUGUACCUGUCGAUCUGCUGAUCACUUAAACCCCACAUGCAAAGGCAAUCAUCAGCGCCACAACAAUCGUGGGCACAGCUAUCUGAGUCGGUUUCUGAUCGCAGCCAUCCCUUCGAAGCUCUACAAUCGAAACAAAGAGGCACUACCAUCCUUGUUGAAGCAAGCAGCCGGGGAUCUCCGAAAGGUUUUCGAAGAAGGCAUCCUGCACGAGAGGUCAGGCAAGCGGUUCCGGUUUGCCCUGGUUGGCGCUAAAGGCGACGCAGAGUGGCAUUUCGAGGCGGGCGGUUUCAACAGGUCGUAUCAUCGAAGUGGUACGAAAAACGAUGGGCCCAUGUGCCCCCUCUGUGAUGCUGGCACCGAAGGUGUUAGUUACACAGAUGUGUCUGAUGCUCCCGAGUGGCAUCGGAGCAUCGGCCGAUCAGUGCCAUGGGAAAGCACGCCGCCCCUCAACGAGGCACCAUUCUCUACGGAUUUCCCAGCCAACCUCUAUAAAUUUGAUCCUUUUCAUGUUCUCAAAUUCGGAAUAUUCCGUGAUGCUGUGGGGAGCACGAUCGUGAGAUUGGCACUGAUGGGCUACUUUGAUUUUGAUGAUGACAAUGGUACGAGAAACAUCGUUGAUCGCCUUAGCAGGGGUUUCUCGCUCUACAAGAUGUGGUGCUUAGCAGAAAACAGGAACCCUUCUUUGAAGAACUUCACUAAGGCGAACAUGAGCUUCGAGACAUUCAAAAAGUUUGCAGAAGUGAACUGUAAGGGCAGCGAAGUGACGCUGUUGAUGCAAUGGCUGGAAUUUUUCCUGGGUGUCCUUGAGCCGAAUGAAGCAAGCCAUGCUGUAGUCUUGAAAGCAAUGUCUCAGAUGAUUUCUGGAGGCUUGUCGUACAUCGGCAUCAUGCACAGUCAUGGCAUCUGGCUCCCAUGGAGCUGUGCCAAAGUUCAGCACUAUGGGGGCUUAGCCUUCGCUCGAGGUUACACCUACCUCGCCGAGCACCUGAUGUUUCAGGGGGCUACAGGGUACCGCUUGAGACCGAAAUUGCAUUAUUUCAUGCACCUGCUGCAUACUUUGAAGCUUGGGAUUGACAAAAAGGAACCCUAUGUCCUCAACGAGGCUUUGCAUCUUUGCGAGGCCAAUGAAGACUUCAUUGGCCGUUUGGCCAGGAUUAGUCGUCGUGUCCAUGCUUCACAAGCUGCAAUGAGGACCACGCAAAGAUACUUAGUCAAAGUUCGCCUGCUUCUUGAAAAGCUCCUCGAUAAGUAG